GAAGAGCAAGUAUCACAGAAAAAGCAAUGGACAUCCUCAAAGCAGUCUUGGGCCCUAAAGGGUAUAAAGCUGACAAUCUUGUACAAGAAUUUCCCCCAAAUAAACGCAGACGUAUGGAUUAUGGAGGAGAGGAAGAUGACUACCAACAGGGGCCUCAGGCCCACAGUAAUAGAGGCCUGGGCGAAAGCCAAUGGGGCCCUUCGUCCUUUAACGAGAGAUUCUCUAAAGAGAGCGAUGGAAAUCGCUGGGGUCAACAGCCUAAGCACCAAAAUAGAGAACAAGAGGAAAAUAGAUGGGGUUCGUCACGUAAUGCACGGCAUAGUGAGGACCGUGACGAAGGCAAGUGGGGCUCAAAGUCACAUGGUGGUGAACAUUUUGGUAGAGGUUUUAAUAAUCAGGAAAAAUGGGGAGCAGAACCUCAGAAUAGAAAUAACGAUAACUUUGCAUUUGAACGUGAAGGUGGCAACUGGCGUGGAGAGCGUAAUCAAAAUCAGUGGGGGCCCCAAGCGCACAAUGAGCGCCAGGGCAGAGAACAAAAUUCAAGUCGAUGGGGAUCCCAGUCCCACAGUGAAUAUCGUGGUGGGAAUCAAGAACAAAGAUGGGAACCUCCCGAGUCUUUUCACGAAAACUACGAUGACAAUGACCAACGAUGGGGAGGAUCCCGCUCCUUUGAUAGUCCUCCCGAAAAACGCCGUAAGCCCUUGUUGGGUCCGUACCCAGAAUUUGAGAAACCCAAACCCAAGUCUCUGUUAGGUCCAUAUCCAGGCCCUGAGAAAAAUAAACCCAAGGCGAAACCUUUAUUAGGGCCUUACCCUGGUCAUGAUAAACCAAAGCCUAAACCUCUCCUGGGAUCAUUCCCUGGCUCUGAUAGACCUAAACCAAAAUCUCUCUUGGGGCCAUACCCAGGGCAUGGGCAAGAUGAGGACGACUAUCAGUGGGAGCCAGCAUCCUCCCGUGGCGCAAUGCGAAGUCGGGGAGGUCGUGGCGGUCGCGUAGCCCGUGGCGUCGGCUCGUUAGGCCGCGGUCGUGGAUUGCGCAACAGGCGCCAGAUGAAUGCAUUUGAGCAGGAGGGAAUGGGUUAUGAGGAACCCCAGUCUCUGAUGCAAUCUUUUGAAGAUGACUUCCAAGGGGAACACUUCCCUCCAGAACAGUCUCUUGAAUAUCAAGAAAGUGGAUGGUAUGAUGACUCUGAAUGGGGUCCAUGUGAACAAUUUGAAGGUGGUGAGGAAUUUUGGCCUCAGAAUUAUGAUGAGUCCCAAUCAUGGCAGUAUGACGAUUUUGCAUGGCAAUAUGGGGAUGAACAAGUGCAACAGUUCAUGCAGCAAGGCGGCUACCAGCCACCAAGGCUGUCCGUUAGAGAAAGACUUGGCGCCAAGAAACCAGCCUUACUGGGCGCUGCUCCAAGCGUGGAUUUGGUUAAGCAGCUGUUGACUCCUGAUGAGAGGAAACGUCUUAGCAAAAAAUAUGGUAGUCUACCUCUUGAGGCUCUGUAUUGUCACAUGUGCGAUCAGAGUAAAUUCAGCAGUGUUGAUAGUUACUUGAUGCACCAGAUAGGAAAGAAACACGUUGCCAUGACACGGUCUUUCUAUGCCAAGUCUAAUGCAACCUACCAUGUUCUCAAAUCUGAUGUCAAGAUGGAACUGAGAAGGGAUCUCUCUAUUGCUAAUGUUCCCACAGAUGGCUACUGUCCAACAUGUGAUGUACCCAAGUGGGGUAAAUCUCAUCACAUGGGCAUCGCUGCUAAUAGGCUCCUACAUAGAUUUGUUAAACCACUCUGCUGUAACAACCAGCGCUUUGCCAGCAGGUUGCAGUAUGAGAACCAUCGUUUGUCACUGAAGCACUUGGAAAAUGAUUAUAAGAAGAUGGUGGCAUCAGAAGAGAGGUUCAAGAAGCGCCUAAGUGAAUUGAAGGAGGAAAUGAAGACAGAAGGAAUGGAAGAGGAAAUAAAACAAAUUGAAGAAGAAGAGGAAAGGAUAGGAAAGUUAUUCACAGUCGCAGAAAGAAUCAAAGCUAUUUGGACUCUGUUGGUUCCCAAGAUGAAUUCCUUAGGGAAAGAGAAGUUGCCUGAUAAAAUAGUCAAGCUAAAGACCCUCAGAGAAAUCAAUCUUCGAAUGAAGAAGCCCAUAAAGAACACUGUUCAGUUGGUGCCGUUCGAUCCAUCAGAGCCGGUUGGGAUUGGCAACAUGAUCGUAUCAACACACUUUCGUUGCAGCAUCUGUAGCAAAUCUAUUGAGCCAGAUAAGGAGAGUGUUCUUGCACACUGUAGCAGUGAAGAUCACUACAAGAAUGCAUUGCGUAAACAGGAGGAAAUGAGAAAUGCAGAAAAACUUGCUCAGGAGAAGAAAGAGGAAGAUGACGAAGGUAGUGAUGGGGAACAAAAGGAGGAAGAGGUAGAGAAUAAUGAUGAUAUUGGUGAUGAUGAACCUAUGGAAGAUCCCUAUGAAGGAGAAUCUGGUGACAUUAAUACCCUGAUGAAUGAGGUUGAAGAGAUGAUCGAUAAUGAAGAUGAAGAUUCGAGAGAGGCCGACAAUGAAAAUGUACCAGAAGGAUUUGUAGAUAAUGAUGAACUGAUUUAUGAUGACGGCGACAUAGCUGAGGAGUUCCGUGAGGUUUUAGACUACAAUCCAGAUGAUGUUGAAGAUGAAGGAAGCUUCGAAGAAGCAGAAACAGAGGGAAAGCCUGCUGGUAGAGCUGCUGGAGGGGCAGGAAGAAAAGCUAAGGCAACUCCAAAAAAGGAGAAACCAGCUACUAAAGCAUCACCCACUAUAAGGAGGACAAGGAAGAAAUAAAUGACAAGGUUUAAGAAAGUGGAAUGCCAAGUUGCCACCUCUUCAUGAGAAAGGUGUUUUCCCAUUUAUUUUUAAGUUUUUUUUUAGAAACUUGAUCUUUUAGCUAAAAGGUUAUUCAUGGUAGGAAUCCACAUGUUUAUUUUCAUUGUAACCAAUCAACCUUAUACUGUAAUGUAGUUUUACAUUACCAUUUUUUAAUGUGUUCUCAAAUUUUAGGGCACAUUAGUACACUUUGAUAUAGUUUUGGUACUAGGAAAUAUUUGCUGUGAACACAUGAACCAAUAAAAUGAUUUUAAAGUCAUGUUCUGCGUACAGCAACAAACUGAUGUUUAUUCUAAGACUAAAGCAGUCUUGUAAUUGAUGGAAGGAAGUUGAAUUUGUAGAUAGGUUUUCAUGUAUAUUUAGACUGCAUAUGAAUUGUAUUAUGUUUAUAUAUGUUAUGUCUUGAAUAUAAUUGCUUCCUGAAAUUACAAGUAAUAUAUGUAGCUACCAAGGCUUAUUUGAUGUUGCUAUUAUAUAGUUAACAGUAUGCUUCCCAGGAGUGCUUAUACUUUACUUCAACUUUUGAGUCUAGGUAUUUCGUUUUAACAAAAAGUACUCUAGUUAGAAAUUGCAAUUAUGAAAACUGAUGACAACUGUACUUGUAUUAUGGACUUGAAUAAACACAAGAAAUAA